AUGGCAAAACGUAAAGAAGAAGAAGAUACUGUUAUGGACAGUGACAACAGUGAACAAGAAACAACAAAGAAGAGUUCAAAGAAGAACAAAGAUAAAAAGAAAGAUAUUAAAAAGAAAAAGGUAGACUCUUCUGAAUCAGAACAAGAAGAAGAUAGCCAAGAUGAAAAGACUAAAAAGAAAUCAUCAUCAAAGAAAGAUAAUAAGAAGGAUAAAAAGAAAGAUAGUAAAAAGAAAAAGGUAGAAUCUUCUUCUGAAUCUGAACAAGAAGAAGAGGAAAGUGAAGACGAAAAGAAGAAGAAAUCAUCAAAGAAAGAUAAUAAGAAAAAUAAAUCAUCGUCGUCUGAUGAGGAGGAAGAAUCGGAACAAGAAAGUAAAUCAACAAAGAAACAAAAGACAUCUACUACAUCUACCUCUACUACAUCGACAACCACCUCUUCCAAUUCACCUUGGAGUAAAGUUACCAACAAUCAACAAACCAAAGCCAAUUUUUGUCCAACUUGCAAUUCAUUGUUGAGUUAUGUCAGCGAGUUUGCUACUAGAAUCGAUUGUCCAACUUGUUCAUAUACUGCUGAUAAAUCAAUUUUAAAAGGACAAAAAACAACAUCAGUUAGUAAUCUAUUUAAGAAACCAAAAGCAUUGGAUGAAGAAGAAGCUGAUCGUGGUGCAGUUAUUGAUGAAAAAUGUCCAGAAUGUGGUCAUGGAAAGAUGUACUUUAAGACUGCUCAAACUAGAUCUGCUGAUGAAGGUCAAACUAUUUUCUAUGAUUGUAUGAAGUGCUCUAUAUUAUAUGCCUAA